AUGAGCUAUGAGAAGGCUUGGAGGUGCCGAGAGAAGGGACUUAUGUAUUCGAGGGGUACGCCAAAGAGGCUUAUAGUCGGUUACACGGUUACUUUUACGUGCUUUGGAACGAAGAAUCCGAGUACUAUUACGUACAUUAUCACAGAGGAUAACGAGGUUCAAGUACCGUUUCGGUCACCGGCCGCUUGUAGGAGGGGAUUUAAGUUUUGUCGUCCCGUGAUUAGUAUCGACGGCACGUUCUUGAAGACAAGCGAGAAUCAUGACUCUUGGAAGUAUUUCUUGCAGAAGUUAAAGGAAGCGAUUGGGGAGGUUGAAAACUUAGUGUUUGUAUCGGAUAGGCAUCAAAGCAUUGAACAUGCUGUCGAGGUUAUUUUCCCCGAAGCAUGCCACUGUGCAUGCUACAAACAUAUUUCUAUGAAUGUCACCCACAAGUUCAAGACUGAUGUAUGUAACACGCAAAUAUGGUUGGCCGCUUACGCAUGGUCGAAGAGGGAAUGUGAUAGACAUUUGCAGGUGCUCCGACAGAUGGAUCCUCCCAUCGCUGCUUAUGUUGACAAUAUAGGAUUAGAAAAAUGGGCUCGUCCUUAUUGUCUAGGAGACAAUUUGAUAAAGCAACACGAGGAUGGUAGACGUAGAAGUGUCCUACGUAACGGUGCACAAUUGUUUAAUGUUGGAAGAGGUGCUGACGGUUCUGACUUUGAAAAAGGCGGAGAUGUGAACUUAGUUGAGAGAACUUGCACUUGCGGCAUGUUCCAAUUGUUGAAAAUUCCUUGUCCCCAUGCAUGUGCUGCAGCGCUUACUCAGAAUGUCAGUGUCUACGCUCUGUCAUCCCCCUAUUACACAAAGGAGACGUGGAAGAAUACUUACGAUGCAACAAUUAAUGUUGUGGGUGAGGAGGAUGAAUGGGUGCUUCCAGAACACAUGCAGAACAUGAGAAUCGGUGUACCAGUGGAGAAGAAACCUGUAGGUCGUCCAAGAAAGAGCAAUGCAGGAAGACUACGGACUAACCGAUUUCCAUCGAACGGUCAAAAAGUCAAGGAACCACGCAAAUGUUCAAACUGUGGCGCAUUGGGGCACAACAAAGCUACUUGCAAGGCCAGGGUUUGA